AUGGGUAUUAUGAAAAGGCUACCAUUGCAAAUUCUUCUCCUGAUUUUUUUUUGGUGCCAUAUUAAUGGAAAGAAUGGAGGAGAUAUUUGGGCACUUAAUGCUUUGAGUAUUGAUGAUAAACAAAAUAGGGACGACAAACCGAAUGGGGAUACAAAAUCGAGUGGAAAUGAAACCGAACGAGGGGAAGUAAAAGAGCACACAGUAGUAAGUGGAAAUAAAAAAGAGCAAACAAACACAGUUACAAGCAAACCAGUUGAAAUUGAAGUAGAGAAAAAUGGCAAAAUUAAUGAUAAUAAAAAUGGAACUCCUGGAAAUAGCAAUACUGUAAAUAGUAACACUGCAAAUAGUAACACUGCAAAUAGUAACACUGCAAAUAGUAACUCUGCAAAUAGUAACUCUGCAAAUAGUAACUCUGCAAAUAGCAACUCUGCAAAUAGCAACUCUGCAAAUAGCAACCCUGUAAAUAGUAACAAUUCUGUUAGUGCUAAUAACCCAAAUGACAAAAGUACGCCAUCCCCUUCUAAGCAUGCUUUCAUACAAAAUAUCGCAGAAGUUCCAUCGAAUAAAGAAAUCGAAAAAAAGGAGGGUGUCACUUCAAAUAAUGAACAAGGCAACACACCUAAGCCAGAAGAAAAAGAAAAAACGGAUAAGGCGGAAGAAAAGGGAAAAGAAACUAAGGUAGAAGAAAAAGGAAAAGAAUCUAAGGUGGAAGAAAAAGGAAAAGAAUCUAAGGUGGAAGAAAAAGGGAAAGAAACUAAGGUAGAAGAAAAGGGGAAUGAACCUUCUAAAGAUACAGAAGAAUCAGUGGUUAAGGAAAUAACACCAAAAAGUGAAGAAAAAAAAAAUGAUAAUAAUAUUUCGGGAUCAACAUCUAGUAACACAGUUUCUUCUAAUUCUAAUGAUAAAAAAGUAGAGAAUAUGAUUAAUGUUUCUAAUAAUAAUUCUUUAAAUAAUGAAGAUGUGAUUAAUAUUUCUAAGGAAGAAAAUAAUUCAGAUUUAUAUUUUUUGAAAACAUUAUCAAUAGGAUCAUCGAUAUUUAUGCAAUUAGUAUUAUUACCAUCUGUAUUUAAAAUAUUAAAAAAAAAAUCAACAGGAGAAUCGGAUGGAUUGACAUAUGUUGUUUUAUUUUUUUCGUCAUUUUUAUGGCUAGUAUAUGGCAUAUUAUUAAAUAAUUCGGCAAUUAUUUUUCCGAAUUCAGUUGGAUUAUUAUUAGGGUUAUUUUACUCUAUAAUAUAUCAUGUAAAUUGUAAAAAUAUGUGGUUAAAACAUAAAUUGUAUUCAUAUUACAAAACUUGUGGAUCUAUAUGUUUUAUGUUAUAUAUAUUUUUAUAUAUAUUAUCAUAUGAACAAUAUGAAUUAUUUGUCGGGUUUAUAGCAUUUGUAUCAAGUAUAGUAAAUUUUGGCGCACCUUUAUCAUAUAUUCAAACCGUUAUAAAAAAGCGUAACUCUUCCUUAAUACCACUGGAGAUAUCUAUUGGAAGUUUGGUGUGUUCAUUUUUGUGGUUGACAUAUGGGUUCAUAUUAAAAGAUGUAUUUUUAAUAACCCCUAAUUUAUGUGGUUUUGUAUUAAGUAUAUUACAGAUAGCUUUAAUAUUAUUAUAUUCAAAUAAAGAAGUUUUAUCUAAUAUGGACACAGAAAUUGCUUAUAACGAAAGUAAUAAUAAUAAUAAUAAUAGUAAUACAAUUAUUCAAGAUAAUAAUGUUUUUUUUAACGAAUUUAAUUUAGAUGAUGAUUUUAAAAUUACUGAAGUGCCAACAAAUUUAAACAAUUCUAUUUUUGAUACCCCAUAUGAUGAGACUUCUCCAUUAACUGGUCAUUUUGAUAUUCAAUUUAAGCAUAACCAUUUGGAUAGACAAAAUUACCUGAACAAUUCAGAAAAUAAAAAGAACAAUAACCACUCAGUGCCUUUUUAA